GCUGAACAGGCGUAAAGCCAGUAUCAAAAUAAGCAUAUAUUGAAUGUUGGGGAAAUGGCAUGACUAGGCGAUGACACAACCUAGACUUCAGGUACCGGAGACGUUGCUGGAGAGAGGUGCCGCCAUCUUGUCAGGCGGCACUGAUGGCCUCGGCGUACCCCUGGUCAGCAUUAAGUGUGGCGAGUUGGAACACUGUGAACUGGUGGCGCUGCUGCUCCAUUACCUCAGCAUGGUGUCGUCACAGACGUCCCCGUCAGUCGCCUGCCUCAUAGAUCUGCACAACGCCACUAAAGGAGAUGUCACCAAUUUUGUGGAGUCCAUACAGACAGUAGAGCAUCGGAAGAGAGGACGAAUUGCUGCCGUGUACUGUGUGAAACCCAAGUCCAAAGACAGGUCACGACAAUUGAAGAAGCUCCUCGGACUGAAACCCAGCAAAAAGUUCAUUAAUGUGUCUAUAUUUAAGAUCAUAAUGCCAAGCCUGCAGGCCAGCGAUGAUCUGCUCCUGAAGCUUCCGGCAAUGAGGGACCGGAUGGAACUGUUACAGGACUACGACCUGGCAGACAAACCUUCCGACCAGCUGCUGCGACUCCGGCAGGAACAACUGCAGCAGUAUCAAGCUAUGCUCAAGGAGAUACGCCUUGAGGACACAAUCGAGCAGUGCAAGCAGGCCUUGUACCUCUUGGAGAACCCCGAGUCGCACGGACUGCUCGCUCAGGUGCACGUGACCACGCUAUGCAGUGCUGAAAUUCGUUUGCGUGACAGUUAUCGUCUGCUGACAGACGACCAGAAGGAACUCGCGGAACUGUGGGCAGCAGCAGAAAACAGGAUAGACGUCACCCACAAGGUCCAGAAGUGUAGGGAGAGAUCUUCGAAGAUCCACAACUCUAUCGUGAAGAAGUACCAGCCACAGCUCCAGGACCAUCCAGCCAUCGGGAAGACCCUCAGCCAGGCGGAGCUCUACAGGACUCACUUCACCACAUCACUGUAUGAACCCGCCAAGGACCUCUUAACCCAGGCCACUGAGACCCUUCAGAAGCUGCGACGUCUGGCGGAAGAAAACCCGGAAGUCGUCUGCGACAUUAGUGACGUCACUCAACAACUGACUGAUGUCAUGAGCCCAUUCGCCGAGGAUUUGCAAAGACUCCAGGAUAUUUACAUGUCUGUCCACGUCUUUCUCCUUCUGUAUGAGAAGUCAGUCCACUGGUACAAGAAGGUCCUGAAGUUCCUCCCUGACAGUCUCAAGGAGAGAGUUGAUCCUAUGUCCCCCAACAGACUGAUCCACACCCCUCCCGAGUGGAGACAGGCCGUCAUCAGCUUUCUCAACAAGCAUCCCCCUUCCCGCGAGGAGCACAUCCUCAAGAUGGAUUCGGACAUACCACAUCGGAUGGACAGGGCCAUCAAGCAGCAGGCUCACUCCCUGGCUCUCAGAGUAAGGUUUCUUCAACGACUACUGAAAAGCAGACGACUUCCUACCAAACUGGUAACAGCCGCUUUUAACUGGAAAGAAGAAACCAUGGGCCCAGGCAGUCCGGUGUGCAAACAACGCCAAGCAAAGCCCAAACUGUACGCGAAGAACACCAGCAAACACAGUAGUAUGCCCAGGGCCUCAUCCAGUGGGAAACCCAUUAAACCAAAAAGGUACCGAUCUGACCAUUCGAAAACACUGCCAGGCGUGGCACACGACAAAACACAGGACAGAGAGUACAAUAAAGAUGGCCCUAAAGACGGCAGUGCUACCAGUUCAAAUUUCAUUCUCCGGAAACCAGGAUUUGAGCAAACCAAGAAGUUACAGGAUGAAGGCAAAGAGCUAUUUGUGCGCGUGACAUUUACACCAGAUAACCCGAAUGAUAAAGCGGUGAACCAUUUUACGUUUGAUCAAACUGAUGUGAUAUCUAGUCAGUAUGUCCCAGGGGACCAAGCUCCGCCUGUCCAGGACCUGACCGGUUCUGAGUCGGGCAUAGACGUAGUGGAGAAUGACGAUCCGUAUGAUUCGAUAGUGAACCGAAUUCGGGAGGUAUCAGUCAGUAAACUCCCCAGUGAGCUUAAGUUAAAGUAUGUCACAGAUCUUCUCCAUGUUAGUUUAAAAAGGGCAUCAACUAAUGGAGCCAAAACACAAGUGCUGGAUUUUCAGGAGAAAAGUAACGUCUUUGCUUCAACAAAGAACCCUGGGAGACAUCUGUCCAGAUCCAUGGGGAAUUUAACAGAUCCGGUGUUUUAUUCUUCACGGGAUAAAUCUCUGUUCAGUUUUGAUGACAAUACGACAGAACAGAGACAUUUCGAGGAACGUUAUCGAGACUUGAGGAACACCUUAGACUUGAAGGAUAUCGGUGUAGUGCUGGGCGCUAUGAGUGAUGAUGAACAUCAACGUGGUAAACUAAGGGGUGCAAAGUCAAUGAAUGACCUUUACGGUUCCCGUUUGGAUUUAAGACAGUCCGUGUCUGACCUGAGUUGCCAUCUCGAUUCGAUGACGUCACUUACAGAUUUGGACGACUCGGCAGAUGACGGUGGAUCCGAGUCAACGAGUCUGCAGUUUGAUUUUGUGAGGCUGAAACGAUGUCAGGAGGAUAGGGUUGCAGAGGAAGGUCAGCUGAUCAAAGAGCAGGGUCGUUAUGAAGAUAUUCUGUUAGAUGCGGAGGCCAUGGCCCAAGACGAGGUCGAGGCCAGUCUCAGGAGGUCGGCUUUGAUCCUUAAUGAGGAGGAAGUUGCCCGGUCUCUGAAAGGAGACAAUCUCACGUCAGAUUUCUCAACUGAUCAAGACCCUUCUCAUCUGAAUCACAUCGAGAAACAUGCGUCUACCGACCUCGGCUAUGACAGCACCGUCACCACCAGCCAAUGGUCCAACACCUCCACCCUGCAAGUCCAGGGGAGGCGGGAUGGGCAGCUUCUACGUCAUGGUCCAUUCAAUGGUCCUGAAUAUUUCUGAUCAAUUUCCUCCCUACAUGAGAUGUUUCUGAGGACCAAAUGUACAAGAUCUUCCUAAAGUGGCUGAAGUCAUCAAGUUCUUCCCCCCGCAUCUGAUGUUCCCAAGCACCAACUACACAAAUUUCUUGGUAAUGUUGCUGAAGUCAUCAAGUUCUUCCCUACAUCUAAUUCUUGUUGAAGUCAUUACAUUCUUCCCUGCAGUAAUAUUACAGACACCACAAGGUUCUUCCCCGCAUCUGAUGUUGCUAAGCACCAACAAAGUUCUUCAUAAUGUUGCUGAAGUUAUCAAGUUCUUGCUUACAUCUAAUUUUUGUUGAAGUCAUCAAGUUCUUCCCUGCAUCUUAUGUUGCUAAGGACUAACUAUACAAAGUUCUUCAAAAUGUUGCUGAAAUUAUCAAGUUUUUUCCUGCAUCUGGUGUUGCUAAGGAUCAACUAUACAAAAUUCUUCAAAAUGUUGCUGAAGUCAUCAAGUUCUUCCCUGCAUCCAAUUCCUGUUGAAGUCAUCAGGUUCUUCACGUCAUCUGUUUUCAAAGUCUUCCAGUUCGUCCUUACAUCCGAAUCCCUUUCCACAAAUCUUGUGGCUGUACACAAACUGAAUUACAUGUCAAAGAAUGGCACAACUGUUGUAGUCCUGAGACUGAGUGAGCCCUGUUUACUGGAUCUGGGUCUUUAUGUACUGAAAACCUAAAGUUCUUCCCUUCACUCACUGGUGCUUGUAUUAUGAUUUCCGGAUCCCAAUGAACACAGUGCCCACUGUGUGUUACUAGGCUGGUCCUAGGGUAGACAUUGAGCCACAGUUCUCUUCCGGGAGAUUAAUGAAUUUUAAUUGAUUUGUUGAUGUGAUAUAAGAUUUUGAAAUGUUUCCAAGGCAGCAACUAUUUGUUGAAAUAUAAGCAUUAUUUAAGUUCAUUACUGAUGAUUGUCUACUGUUUGUGAGUUUUGUGACUGUUUAACUAUAUGCAAAUAACAUUCUUUUUGAGGUGAAGGUUUGUAAGAUUUCAUUUUGCUCCUGCUUAUUGCUGAAUGUGGCAAAUGUACAGACAUUGCAUGUAAAACUAUUGAAUGAAUUGUUAUAUUUUAUCUUGCUAUGAAUGAAACAAGUUUGAAAUACAA